GUCUGCACUGUGUGAGCAGGUGGGUGACAUCAUGUUACACUGGGUAGCCUGAGAAUUUAAUAAGGAUAUUGAUGCCAAAAUUAAAUUAUUAAAAUGUAUACUCUUAAUGUGUUCAUAUGAAUAAAUUAGAAAUAUAUUUCUAUCUGGUUUUAUAUGAGCUAAAUGUUAGUCGCAGACUAAGUCCCUGAUAAUUAUAAUCAUAUUAUGCAAUGCUAUGUUAUGCUAUAAUAUAUCAUACAAUAUUAAUUGUGUUAUAUUUUUUUAUUAUAUUACUGAAAAGUCAUGCUUAAAAGAACACGUGAAUGUUACAAAUAAGAAAUAAAUGUUUUUAACAAAGGAGGCUCCCUUCAUUAUUUUAGAUUUAGGUCCCCACCACCGUUUCUCGCAAACAUUUUUUACUUGUGAUGAUGUCCGACCAAAGCUUGUGCAAUACUCCAGGAAUUCUUCUUCUUAUAGCAAAACGUUGAAAGCAAUGCUUCACUAUAAGAGGUUUUAGAGUGCAUUAGAGGUUGCAGUGUUCCGUUAAUCUGUUUAAUAAAUCGGGAUUGGUUCACAUACAGUAAUAUGAAUCGCAGCAAAUUAUUAAAUUGUAUAAAACACUAAACAGACGAGUGCAAAACUGGGAAAACUGAAUUUAUGAAAUAGCAAGGUUUGACGUGAACUUCCUUAUUGUUAUUCCGGUAAAUAACGUUCUAUUUCCUUUCUGUCGGACUUUCCAAAUGAUUGAAACUUUUAGCAAAAAGUAGCAAUAAAAUACUUGGUCUUAAAAUCAUCAUUGUUUUAAACCAUGGGUCCUCAAACUCUGGCCCCCCCAGAUGUUGCUGAACUACAACUCCCAUGAUUCUUUGAAUUACAUAGAUAGCCAGAGAGUCAUGGAAGUUGUAGUUCAGCAACAUCUGGGGGGCCGGAGUUUGAGGACCCAUGGUUUAAACCCUGAUCACUGGGGUAUCAUCAUCAUCUUCUACCUGUCUUAUUCCAAAUGUCUAUUCCUUUCUAAACACUAUUAUUAUUAUAUUAUGAAAGGCAUAGCACAUUGUCAGCAUUAUUACCAGCUAGGUCCAUCUCCUCACUCAUGUGAAACCAGUCAAUGUAGUUUAUUUUUCUGUUUCUGGAAAUGAAAACACUGGGCACCAUAACAACUUUAUUUCAAUGACAUUCCGUAUGUUCAGAUGAGCACCAUCUUCGUAAUUUUGGAAUUGAUGCAUUCAUAAACUCAUAAAUGGUUUAACCCCACAAGGUAAGACAGAACCAAAGACCUCCUGGUACCAUAACAACUUCAAUGAUAUUACGCUGUUCUGGUACCUGAAGUGUUCAUUUAUGUUGUUCAGUAAAUUUCAAUGUCUUCUGUGUAAAUGACAUGACAUGUCUGUCUCUUUUUUAUGUAGCUUACAAUGUUUAUAAUAUUCUUUGGAUUCAAAAACAAGAAAUGACCAAGGUUUUACAAGUGAGCAAAUCCAUUUGGAAACUAAUACUUUAUUAUGAUUAUUAAUUUUUUAGGUGAUUUUGGUAUCAGUUGCCAGAAGAUGUUAAACUCAUCAGUAAACAUCACAGGCUGCGAGCCUCAGAAAAUCAAUCAUUUUAUUCCUAUAUUCUUAAGUUUUGUGUUCUUCGUUGGAUUCAUAUUAAACUGUAUCAGUUUGUGGAUCUUUUGGUUCCGGAUCAGACAAUGGAAUUCAACCGUGAUCUUACAGUUCAACUUGGCCAUCGCUGAUGCCAUCAUCACACCCGCGGCUCCCCUGAUCAUUGCAUAUUCCUUGACCGAUGACUGGAUCUUUGGUACUUUCCUUUGUCAACUCAAAGUCUUCUUGCUGAGCGCUCACAUGUACGGGAGCAUCUACUUCCUCACCUUGAUCAGUCUGCACAGAUACUUCACCGUGGCUCACAAUAUAAAAGGAUCAAUUUUGACCAAAAAGUCAUUCAUCACCAAACUUUGCCUCAUUGUCUGGGGAUGUCUUUGUUUCCAAGGAUUUCCAUUUUUCUUCACCAUGAGAACCUCAGAUAUUCACGGAGCCACAAAAUGCCUCAGUUUUCAUCAAUCAGAUCUGGUGGUUUUGUUCUUCGUGUGGAACUGGGUGAUUAUCUUCUCUGGACUCCUUGUACCAUUCACCAUAACAAUUAUAUGUUACAGUCUCUUAAGUAGAUAUAUUCUCAAAGUGAAUCCCAUGAACUCUACCAGUCAAAUUAUGCUGAAUAAAUCAGUACGGACCAUAACAGUGUCUUUAGUAAUAUUUAUUGUCUGCUAUGUGCCAGUUCAUAUCACUAGAACAUUAGGUGUCACCAUCGCCUUGUUCUUUCCUUCUUUCUGUACUUUGCUUGAGAACGUUGAGGUUGCCUAUUACAUUACCUGGAUGUUAUCAGGAACAAAUUGCUGUAUGGAUCCAAUACUUUACUGUUUUGCUUCUGAAAAUUUUAAAAACACCUUCAUGAGGGGCUUCACCUUGCUGCAGAGGUUCAGAAGAAGUUUGAGGGUCACAGCAGCCAACGAUCAAUCUUUACAAGGAGACUCAGCUUCACACGAACGUCCAAGUGGACUUCAUCUUACUGUUAGCACCGUAAACACAGACUUGACUCCGGAAAGUGCGAGUAAUAGCAAUGCGUGAGGCAUUUAAUGGAAAGGAAAUUACUGGCCAUUUGUUGGUGUACCAAACUUGGUAUUCUCGGCUGAUUUAUGAUGCAUCACCCACAAUGAAUGGGUCUUCAAAAACUUUAUCGAGAAGAAUUUAAGAAGCAUUCACUUGACCCGCUUGCAUCCACAUUGUCCCAUUUAAGGAAAAUUGUGCCAUGCUUUUAAAGACUUUAGGUGGGUGAUAGCUAAAAUUGCACCCUAGAUAAUUGUAAACUACAUUUCCCACAAUUCAAAGUCUGCCUCAACUUGUAAAUAAGCACUUGAAGUUAUUUCCUAAGUAUAAUUAUUGUGUAUAAUGUGUGUAAUGUGGGUGAGGG